AAUUUUCUCGAGCCGAGUACGGAAUACCAAAGUACCAUAAAGCCUCAUACGUGGUACCUAUCCCUGCUUUCGGAUCCAAUAUCUUAUUCUGUCUGCGGUUUACCCUAGACAGGGACAUAUUCCGUGAGACAACUUUCAAUUCUCGAGAUGAGUGACCACCAGUCUGCCAAUUUCUGGCUCUUUGGCUAUGGGAGUCUGAUAUGGAAGCCUCCGCCACAUUUCGAUCAGCGAAUCCCGGGGUAUAUCAAAGGCUACGUCCGUCGUUUCUGGCAGGCCAGCGAGGACCAUCGAGGCACUCCUGAAUCUCCAGGCAGAGUGGUGACGUUGAUUCAGAAAUCCUUCUGGGAAACGCUUGAUGAUACUCAACGCCAAACCGAGGGUGAUCGUGUCUGGGGAGUGGCAUACCAUAUCAUUCCGUCCAGAGUGAAAGAGGUCCAGGAGUACCUUGACAUCCGUGAAAUAAACGGAUACAGCAUUCAGUACACACCGUUUCAUCCUGCGGAUCCAGCGCUUCCAGAUCUCGACUGCCUCGUAUACAUUGGCAUGCCCGACAACCCCCAAUUCCUUGGCGCCCUCGACCCUCAAGAUGUCGCUAACACCAUCAAUGCGAGUCUUGGUCCGAGUGGCGAAAACAGAGAGUACCUCCUCCAUCUUGAGAAAGCCUUGGAAGAUCUGAGCCCAAACAGCCACGACGAGCAUAUUAGUGAUUUGGCUCGACACGUCCGGGCCCUGCCCCCACCCGACCGCCGUUCACAGCACGUCGCAGAGCCAGAGUUGAGGAAAGUCAGCAGCACUGAAGAGCAAGAGGAGAUUGAGAAGGAGGUAUGAUAGUGUGCUCAGUACUAAAUAUCGCUUGCUAGCAUGACUUGGAACCUUUGAAAAGCAUCAAGACUUGCAGUUUACCAAAUAUGCCCCCACCGAAAAGGUCGAACGAAUUCAAGGGGUAUCUUCGCAACCAAAUCUCCACCAUGAGAGGAGCUCUUCUCAUUGACGAUAAGGUCCUUGGUUGUCAUAACCAUCGUUCGGUCCUCGGGACUGGCCGCC